GAACAACCACCUUCAUGUCAUGUUCUCUUGCAGAUCAACUGUUUCCAGCAGACGAGCACCCUUGCAGGUCAAUUAUUUAUCAACAAGCGCUUCUUUCUAAGGCCCACCGCCAACCUCUCACGCACAAUGGCUCUUUUCCCUCGCCAUUUCUACAACUCUGGCUCCUCCUUUACUCCCCUGUUCCAGCUUCUUGACGACUACGACAGCUAUAACCGGCAGGGCCAGAGCGGUCGAGAUACCUCAUUGCGCCGUUGGCAGCCUAAGUUUGAUAUCUGCGAGACCAGUCAAGCCUACGAGCUCCAUGGCGAGCUCCCUGGCAUGGACAAAAAGGAGGUUCACAUUGAGUUCACUGAGCCUCAGACAAUGGUCAUCCAUGGAAAAUCGGAACGGACCUAUACUUCUGGCAACCCUCCUGCGGGGUUUAUCGAAGGCAACAUUAUGCACGGUGCCAUUGUAGGCGAUGACGGGGAGCCCGAUACAUCGCAGCCCGCUCAACGCACAGAGGAGACCGAUAAGAAGGGUGACGAGACGAAGUACUGGCUCGCUGAGCGCAGCGUCGGGGAGUUUUCUCGCACCUUUAGCUUUCCCUCCAAGGUUGAUCAGGAUAGCGUCAGCGCGAAGUUCCAAGACGGUAUCCUCAGCAUUGUCGUUCCCAAGGUUAAGAAGCACGAAUCGCGCCGAAUUCAUGUUUCUUAA